ACGAGAUCUCGGUGAGAAAACAGACAUGGUAUCGCUGUGGAACAGUUCUUUACAGAAGAAAGCAAGUGAUCUUCAUGGCGACACCUGGAACAUUGAAACUGAUCAGACUAUUGUGGAAAACAGUCUGGCUCCUAAUUGGGACCAGUACAUUUCUGGCUCCUUUGCAGAGUUCAGGUGUUCUCUUUGUAGAAGAACCUGGGGGUCUAGUAGAGUGCAGGUGGUGUUUCAUUUCCACCUGAACAGAGAAAGCAGACAGGGAACCAUUAAACUACGAUGCUACAAACAGGAGUGUAAGACGUGCAAUGAAGCUCAGUGGGAGGAUCCAAACUUCCCAGUGGAAAACACUGAUGUGCUGGUUGAGAGACUGGUUAGAAAUAUCCGCAAGAAAUGCUACGGAGAAAAGGAUGAAACAAACAGAUCCUCAGUGUUUGAUGGCAGACUUAAUGGGCCACAUGAAAGUGCUCACUGUGAAGCCUGUCGGCUUGGCAUCUGCAGUCAAGCCAACUGAGACUGAUUUCAUUGCUCAAAUCUUCUAAGUGACUAUAUUAUUCUAUAUUAUUGAAAACAUUUGUAAUAUUCGCUAAAAUGAACAACUUGUUAACUGCCCAAGAUUAAGCUUGUCAGUUGACUUCUAUUCUUUGUUAAUCGAUUAUUCUACGUUUUAAUCUUUCACUUUCACUGAAUUCACUGCAGCCCUGCUUAAUGUAAACUAGUACGCUACCACAGAAACCCCCCUAUUUUUAUUAUGGGUUUUAUGUCACAUAUAUUGUGCUUUGCAUGUUGUUGCUUCUGUAUUCUGGGAUUAUGAAAUAAAUGGAAAUGUUGUGGUCAAAUGUC